UCUGCACCAUGGUUGGGUCCCUAGUAAUAUUCGUUACGGCUAUGUUGACGGCCGCCGUGCUGGCUGACGAAGAAUGUCACUGGAAUGGACAAAUGACCAAGGGCCAUUGCCAGUGUUUCUCUGGAUUUUACAGAAGUGACUGUUCCGGCGAUUGUGGGUGCAACGGGUAUGGCACUUGUAAAACAGACCAUACAUGUGAGUGUGAAGAAGGCUGGAAAUGGUCAAGCACGGAACGGAAAUGUGUAUGGGAUUGUCACUGUGCAGAUGGAGCGAAAUGUAUUGGACCGGGAGUAUGUGGGUGUAAAUCACACUGUGUCCACGGAGACUGCUGGAAUGGCCAGUGUGAGUGCUGGGAAGGUUACAAGGGAGCCACGUGUGCGACCUUUGACCCAAAUUCAAUGAUGAACAAGGGAGUCAACGUGGGAAUGAACCUUGGUGGGAUAAACUACUAUUCGUCUGAGAUAAAGUUUGUGGACGCCCUGAAGGAAUCGGCUGAAUGGGUUACCCAGAGAACAGACCGCCAUGAAUGGAACACCCAAGAACAGGGCAAACUACACCUGCGACCAGACGGCUAUCCGGCCAGUUUGGAUGGCACUUUGGUCGUGGGAAAGCUCUUUUUCCGCAAUGUAGGCGAUUAUCAGCCCCACAGCAAUUACACACUGUUGUAUGACGGAGAGGGACAUAUCGUCUUCAAACUUGUCAACCACAAAAUACUCAAGCAGUUCAAAGGUCGAUGGCUGAUCCAUUUUGAGCCGGGACAUGGGGGGAUUUUUUUUAGCAUCACUAAAACUAAUCCGCAAAACCCUCUGCGGAAUGUGAGAAUUGUGCUGCCUGGUUUUGAGGACCGAUAUGAGAAAUUCCCCUUUAACCCUGUAUUUCAGGAGCCGCUCAGGCGAUACUCUGUCAUCCGAUUUAUGGACUUCUUGCACACUAAUGGCCACGGCCCUGAGCCCACGACAUGGGCUACUCGUCGGAAGCCAGACUUCCACACCCAACAAGGCAAUUCCGGGGGUGCCCUGGAGUACAUGAUUCAGCUAUGUAAUACUAUGGGGAUCAGUCCUUGGUUUAACAUGCCUCAUGCCGCCGACGAUGACUUCGUCAGGAAAUUCGCACAGGAAGUGAAAAAAAGUCUCAGACCGGAUCUACAUGUUUACGUGGAGUACUCUAACGAAGUUUGGAAUGGCAUCUUCCGCCAGGCUAAGUAUUCCCAGGAACAAGGCGUCAAGCUUCAUCUCGACACUGAAAAGUGGAAGGCGGGUUACAAGUUCUACAACAAACGUGCCGGUGAAGUGGCGGAUAUCUGGAGCAGCGUAUACGGAGAUAGUGAGAAACUGGUCACUAUAUGGGCAUGGCAGACGGGAUACUUCGAUUACAGCAGACAAGUCAUGAACCACCUUGGGGAGAAUACCAAGAAGUUUAGGGCCGUGGCAGUGACCGGAUACAUGAGCUGUGGAAAAAUCGCUGACAAAGAUCCUAAUUUCGUUGACAUGUCCAUGGCUGAGAUUCUACAGCAUUGUCAGAGCGACAUCAAUAACAAUUACCCGAAGACGUGGGGGAAAUUCCUCAACAUGUCCAGUGAUCAUGGUUUAAAGUUACUGACAUACGAAGCUGGACCGUCCGUCUCUGAAGGGGGAGCAAUUGUAAACGGAGCUAACAAGGAGGAGGUGACCAAUAAGGCGAUCGCUUUUAACAAAGACAGUCACAUCGAAACGGCUGUUUACGAGCUCCUAAACAAAUGGAAUGACGUCAUCGCCAAAGCACCAGGCAACAGUUUUCCAGGAGGGCUGUUCAACUAUUUCGCCAGCACUGGAGCGCCUAGCAAAUAUGGUAGUUGGGGAAUGCUGCAGUACACUGGACAAGACCCAUCCACUGUCCCAAAAUAUAGGGGAGUCCAGCGUUACAUAACUGACCAUUUCCCAAACAAUCCACUCGGGCCUCGUUGUAGCUUCGUCAAAGAUGGCGCCCUGUGGUUCGGUUGCUUCCAACAAGGGAAUAAGUUUCAGUGCGGCCAGUCGGACACGUCGGGCAGAAGCUGGGCGCAUUAUCCUGAUCUUCAUCUAACGGAGCACUCGUUCCUUGUCCUCGACGGUUAUGAUCCCAAACUUCACCUGGCGUACAUCCGGGCAGUUGACAAAAUCGGCGUGAACAGUUACCAUACCAUCGAUACUCGCUCUCACCAUGCUUGGAAAUCAUUGACAGCAAAUGACUACCACGCAUAUCUGGCUUAUCGUCACGUGACGCGAAGGCUGCCCAAUGGUGUACAUAAUGGCCUUGCAGCGCCCUCCUCAUGUCAUUAAGAGUUUCAUGGUUUGUCUUAACUUAAACUGUGUGGUAUUUUGUGGAUAAAACGGCCCGAUUUGAAGACUCGGCUGAUGAUAUGUCUUAUUUUAAACUCGACUGAAACAGCAGAAAUGUUAAGGAUGUUGUGACUUCUGUUUUUGUAUCUCAAGUAGACAAAUAAAUCCGCU